AUGUGCAAGGUAUUCCCCACGGCACUCACAGGGCCGGCAUGGGCAUGGUUUAACAGUCUGGAGGCUGUAAGCAUCAGAAGUUUUGGAGAUUUGGCCACUAUCUUCAACAGCCGGUUCAUUGCCGGAGUACCUGCGGACAGAAAGACGAGCUACCUGGAGACAGUCCGUCAGAGGAGGAAUGAGACUUUAAGGGAGUAUGUCGCCCGUUUUAACACGAAAGCCCUACAGAUCCCUGAGCUGGAUGAAAACCGAGCUGUCGAAGCGAUGCAAAAAGGGACGACCUCCCCAGAGUUCUUUGGCUCGUUAAGCAGGAAACUGCCGACCUCGCUGGCAGAGCUGAUGAAAAGGGUAGAGAAAUACAUAAGGCAGGACGAUGCCUUAGUAACAAGCAGAUUUGCCAAAGAGGUGGCAGACAGCGGAAAAGCCCCAGAAGAAAGGAGAUCGAAAAGGCAAGAGAAAAAGCAAAGCAAGAGGCUUGAGCAGUAUAGACAGCCUUGGGACCGGAGGGACCAAAGACCGUUCCCUCCUCGGAUUCCAGAACAGAGACCACUCCCCCCGCGGGUUCCUGAGAACUUGAUGCCACUCAACGCCUCUAGUACCGAGAUGCUCAUGGCGGUUCAGGACAAGGAGUUCCUCCAAUGGCCCAAGCCUAUGAGAGCAGAAAACUUUGAGAAGAAGCCAGAGGGAGAAAGGCCUCAGCCGAACCCUACAGCAGAGAGACCCAGGAGGACAGGAGCAGGGCUAGUGAACGAUGGUUCCAGUGGAACCAUCAACAUGAUUGUGGGAGGGACCGGAGGUCGGAUGAGCAGAAGAGGAAGAAAAAGGGGCCGAGAUGGGGAAGGUAGCAGUGCCGAGGUCAUGCAGAUAGUUGACCAUUCACCAAUGACCAUCUCCUUCUCUCCGGAGGAUGCCCAGCGCUUUCAGAUGCCUCAUGAUGAUGCACUCGUUGUUGAAGCCGUCAUUCAUAAUUACUGGGUUAGGAAGAUCUUGGUGGACGACGAAAGUAAGGUGAAUUUAUUGCCAUACAGAGUCUUCCAAUAG